CGGCCACUACACGGUUUGAUAAGUCUUUCGCCCCUAUAUCCAAGUCCAACGAAUGAUUUGUACAUUGAGUAACGCUGUGAGCCUCUAUAAAGAGGAGGAGGAGGAGGAGGAGGAGGUGGGGGAAGAGGAGGACGAGGAGGAGGAGGAUGAGCUUGAAGAGGAGGAAAAGAAGGAGGAGGAAGAAGAAACACGUGUCACCAGCAGACACGUGUCACCAGCAGACACGUGUCACCAGUGGAGCCGAAGCCCCCGAUCGCCGUCGAUCAUGGUCGAGGAUGAUGAGUUUCCGUACGAUGUACGGAAUCGUCCCGGCAGCGAAGAUGGAAAUGAUGAUGGUUUCAAGGAUGAACUUUCGGGGAAAGGAGGAGGUUCCAUCGCCGCAACGGGGGAGGAGGAAAACGUGUUUGAGUUCUUUUGUGGCGGGAAAUCGGCCGGGAGCGAUCCGUUUUCGGACUGGCAAAAAUUUGCCACGUGGCGGGAAGACAGCGAUCGGCGAGAUGAGGAGGAGGAUAAUGGCGGUCUCGUCCGGCAUCUGGAAGACGACGACGGCGACGACCAGCGUUCCCGCCAAAAACACGAGGACGACGACCAGCGUUCCCGCCAAAAACACGAGGACGAGGACGAGGACCAGCGUUCCCGCCAAAAACACGAGGACGACGACCGGCGUUCCCGCCAAAAAUACGAGGACGUCUCCGCUGGUGGCGAAUGCCCGCCACCAGGUGCUAGUCAAGAGCGGAGGAAGGUGAGAGGAGGAGGGAUCGGGAUCGGGAUAGGCAAACCGCUGUGUUGGCGCAAUCCGACGUGGACGCUGAGGAGGCUUCACGAGGGUCUUCGGUUUUCCCGCGAUCCGCGUGAUCUGGAAAAGCUGCCACGUCGGAUCCAUUGCCCGAGUUGUGGAAACUCCCGCCAUUUUUUUUGCUACACCUGCCUCGAACUGGUCAUCGAUCAAGCGCUUGUCCCGCGGUUGCAGUUGCCAUUCGACAUCGACAUUCUUUUCCACGUGGAAGAGCGAAAGAGCAUGAGCACGGCGGUCCACGUGGCAGUUUUGGCGCCAAAUAAUGUUCGCAUUGUGCAGUCGGAUAACAUCCCGUACUACGACACGUCAUCGACGGUCGUUCUCUUCCCAUCUAGCGAAUCCGUUGCGCAUCAGCAACUCCCUGAUGAGGCAAUCAAGAAGGUGGUAAUCAUUGAUGCCAAGUGGAAGAAAGCGGGAACCGUGGCAGCCGAUCCUCGAUUAGCGGGCCUAAAGAAGGUCCACGUGGAAUCUGCCAAGACGUCGUUUUGGAGAUAUCAUACACGUGGCGUAUGCUCGGAGGGUCUGUCAACCGUCGAGGCGGUGUUCUUCCUCUGCAAGCAGCGCCACGUGUCCUUCCUCGGAGAGUCGGAUUGCCAUUGCUAUGACGACCUUCUGUUCUUCUUCGCGCAUCUGCACAGACUGAUAGGCAAUCCCGGUGGUGGUGCAUUGGUGAAUGCAGGGCUGAUGGAGGCAGUGCGGUACUAUUUCUGUGAGAGAAAAUCUCAAGUCUACGCUGCAUGGACAUUUGGACUAGGGAUGGUCGGCAACCCUGGUAUCCUGCACGGAGGGGCAACGGCUUUUGCGCUUGACGAGACCUUUGGAGUUCUUUAUGGAUCUCUCCGUGUCGGUCCUGGGUUUACUGCAAAUUUGGAUGUCAACUAUAAAAGGAUUUUUAUGGAUGCGUUAGUGAGGGACGGUCCCGACGGCGUAGUUUAUGCGCAGAGCACUGCUUUGUAUGUGAUCGCUAGUAAGCCAUCGUGAAGAAGAUUUGGCGUUGACGUCAAGUACCUCCAGAUUUGAAAUCCAUCCAUGAAAGCGGGAGCAGCAGCGUGCAUUUUCAUUUUCGAAAUGAAAGAGGCGGCGCAUAUCAUGCAUGACUUGAGAUUGCAGGGAAUGAUGCACAAUUUUGGACACACUUGCUUUGUGCCCAAUUUUCAAUUUUGAACUUUGAAGUUUGAAGUUUAUUGUUAUCGCUAUUAUUAUGUUGUAUCAAGGCUCAAGCUUAUACUGCAUGCAUUUGAUUAUAAUCUGAGUUGUGAGUUCGAAAGUAUGUGCGGGAGUUGGGUCUUCGUUGUUGGUUCGUUUACAACCCCAUUUUACUCAGUCUACUGUUCAUUUAUCAUUGCUCGUUUACUAUUGUUAGUUUGCUCAACUUUGCUGUUUGUUCUCCGACAGUUUUUGUCAUUAGUCGUCUUGUAGAUGGAAUUGUCAGUUCAUUCAAACUCUUAGUUAUGUUGUUAGUUAAUCCGUUAGUUAAAACUGUUGGUUGAACUGUUAGUUAAAACUGUUAGAUCAUCUGUUGUUUCAAAGGCGCGUGCAGUUUAAGUUUUUUUUCUUCGGUUUUUCAUCCGUUUGUUCAACUGUUAGUUACCUGUUAGUUCAACUGUUAGUUUCAAAAUUCGAACUCCUUAGCUUAAGUAGU